AUUACCAGCAGGAGAAGCGACAGAAGCACAAUGGGCAAGUACAGCGACGGCGGUAAGGACAGCGGCGAGGCCGGCGGCGCCGCCGGCUACCCGCUGGUGGCCGUGUGCAUCGACAAGGACAAGAACAGCCAGAACGCCCUCAAGUACGCCACCGAGACGCUCGCCCACAAGGGCCAGACCAUCGUCCUCGUCCACGUCAACACCAAGGGCACCUCAGGUGGGGUGGAGGACGCCGCCGGGUACAAGCAGCCGACGGACCCGCAGAUGAAGGACCUCUUCCUCCCGUUCCGCUGCUUCUGCACGCGCAAAGACAUCCAGUGCAAGGACGUGGUGCUGGACGACCACGACGUGGCCAAGUCGGUCGUCGAGUUCGCCGCGCACGCCGCCAUCGAGAAGCUCGUCGUCGGCGCCACCACCAGGAGCAGCUUCGUCAGGUUCAAGGCGGAAAUCUGCAGCAGCAUCUCAAAGGCCGCGCCGGACUUCUGCACCGUGUACGUCGUCUCCAAGGGCGGCAAGGUGACGUCGGUGCGGCAGGCUGUCCGGCAGGCGCCGGCCGUGUCGCCGCUCCGGACCAUUAUCCAGGGACCCAAGCCGGAGCCGGUGCAUGCGCAGAAAUGGACGCCUCCUCCUCCGUCUUCCGGGACACCAAUGCUUCCAGAGAACCACAUCAUGUCGCCGUUCGCGAGGACGACAGGGCACAACGCGGGGUCGGCGCGGAAGGCGUUCCCGGACUUCUCGCUGCCGGAGUCGUCGGACAUAUCGUUCAUCGGGACCGCCCCCCGCAGGAGCAUUGAGCGGUACCCGCCGCGGCUGUCCAACGGGUCGGACGGCCUCGACCACCAGCAGCACAGCUUCGAGGCGUCGCGCACGCCGAGCCGGUGGGGCGACUCGUUCGGCAACGAAAGCACGUCGCACUCCCAGACCAGCACCUCCUCCUGGUGCUCCCAGCCUUCGGACGAGAUGGAGGCGGAGAUGAAGCGGCUGCGGCUGGAGCUGAAGCAGACCAUGGACAUGUACAGCACGGCGUGCAAGGAGGCGCUGAGCGCCAAGCAGAAGGCCAUGGAGCUGCAGCGGUGGAAGAUGGACGAGGAGCAGCGGUCGCAGGAGACGCGGCUGACCGAGGAGUCGGCCAUGGCGCUCAUCGAGCAGGAGAAGGCCAAGGCCAGGGCGGCCAUCGAGGCGGCCGAGGCGGCGCAGCGGCUCGCGGACUUCGAGGCGCAGAAGCGGAUCAGCGCGGAGAUGAAGGCGCUCAAAGAGGCCGAGGAGCGGCUACGGUCCAUGGCCGCCGGCGCGCGCGAGUCGGUGGUCCGGUACCGCAAGUACACCAUCGAGGAGAUCGAGAUCGGCACCGACAACUUCAACGAGGCCCGCAAGGUGGGCGAGGGCGGGUACGGCCCCGUGUACAAGGGCCACCUCGACCACACGCCGGUGGCCAUCAAGGUGCUCCGCCCGGACGCGGCGCAGGGGCGGUCGCAGUUCCAGCAGGAGGUGGAGGUGCUGAGCUGCAUCCGCCACCCCAACAUGGUGCUCCUCCUGGGCGCCUGCCCCGAGUACGGCUGCCUCGUGUACGAGUACAUGGCCAACGGCAGCCUGGACGACUGCCUGUUCCACCGCGGCGGCGGCGGGCAGGUGCUCCCGUGGCAGCACCGGUUCCGCAUCGCGGCGGAGAUCGCGACGGGCCUGCUGUUCCUGCACCAGGCGAAGCCGGAGCCGCUGGUGCACCGCGACCUCAAGCCGGGCAACAUCCUGCUGGACCGCAACUACGUGAGCAAGAUCAGCGACGUCGGGCUGGCGCGCCUGGUGCCGCCGUCGGUGGCCGACAACGUCACGCAGUGCCACAUGACGUCGGCGGCGGGCACCUUCUGCUACAUCGACCCGGAGUACCAGCAGACGGGGAUGCUGGGGGUGAAGUCGGACGUCUACUCGCUGGGCGUGACGCUGCUGCAGAUCGUCACGGCGCGUCCGCCCAUGGGGCUGACGCACCACGUCGGGCGCGCCCUGGAGCGCGGCACCUUCGCCGACCUCCUGGACCCGGCCGUCGACGACUGGCCCAUGGAGGAGGCGCACCGCUUCGCCGAGAUCUCCCUCCGCUGCUGCGAGCUCCGGCGCAAGGACCGCCCCGACCUCGCCACCGUCGUGCUCCCCGAGCUCAACCGCCUGCGCGCGCUCGGCGAGGACAACAUGGACUCCUGCAUGGCCAUGAGCAUGAGCUGCCGCGGCGGUGGCGGCGGCUUGCACAGCUCGUCCACCUUCCACAGCCACAGCAAUCCCUACUCGCAGCCACGACACGAUGCGGCGAGCGAUCCAACGCGGCCGCACCACGUCUCGAACGCAUGCCAGUCCGCCUUGCCUACACGGAGGCCCAGCUACAACUGAGACGCCAUGGAGCAGCGCAACAGUGAUCAUGGACUCAUGGUGGACUGGUUAGCUGAACGAACUGAAUAGUUUCUCCUCUCUUGGUCUGAAUAGACUGUGACUGCCGUUAACCGAUGCAGCUGUCAGAAGCAGAGCGUGCCAUAGCAAUGUCAAUCGUGCAUUGUCGGCAGUAAGUUGUAAACUGUGCAGUGUGUAUGUAGUUUUUUCAACUCAAAUCAAAAGAAAAAAAGCACGUGAAUUUCUAUAAACA